AUGAUUGGCGAGUUGGCGCUGCGAGACUGCGCCAAUCGUAUUAUAGGUGGUGGUGGACGUCGUGGUAUAUCUGGUGGUGAGGCUCGUAGAGUAUCUAUAGCCAUCCAAAUGCUUAGUAAUCCCGGUGUCCUCUUCCUCGAUGAGCCAACGAGUGGGCUGGACAGUUUCAGUGCACACAAUCUAGUGUCUACACUACUCACAUUGUCACGUCACAACAAGACGGUCAUUUGCACAAUCCAUCAACCUAGGUCCGAUAUUUUCAAUCUCUUUGACUAUGUCUUGUUGCUCUCCAAAGGCAAGGUCGUCUAUUUUGGCCAGACCAAGCAUAUCGUCAACCAUUUUGCAUAUCUUGGAUACGAGUGUCCCUAUGAUGUUAACCCAUCCGACUACUUUCUCGAUCUCAUCACUAUCAACUACCAAACCGAAGAGUCUGAGCGCGAUUCCAAAGAACGACUUGGUCAGUUGAUUUCCGGGUUCCGGUCAUCCCCUUUUUAUAAUAGUGGUCAAAUUGAUCCAAACAAUACCACAGCAACAGCAGUCUCAAUCGCCGACGAUGGGACUAGAACAAGCAUUAUCGAACAACAACCACAAAAAGAUACAAAGUUUAAAAUAGAGAAAAGAAACACAUCAUUUUUUUUGCAGGUAUGGUUAUUGUAUCAUAGAGCUGUCAAGAAUAUGGUGCGUGACAAAUCAGUUGUAUCGGCACGACUGGUUGAAUCAGUAUUGAUCGCGUUGAUUUGUGGUGGAAUGUUUUAUGACCUUGGAGAUGACUUGGAAGGCAUUAAAUCACGUGUGGCAUGCUUCUACAUUGUCGUUAUUCUUCAACCCUACCUUAUCAUCAUAUCAAAUAUUCUGCAGUUCUCUGAAGAGUUGUUGAUUUAUGAUCGCGAGCAUUAUGAUGGUAUGUACGAUACUGGACCUUACUGGCUGGCUAUCAAAGCGGCAACACUACCACUAGAGAUUGUUACGGCUAUCAUCUUUUCAUGUAUAUUCUAUUGGAUGACAGGUUUGCGAAACGACUCGAUUGACCACUUUUUCUACUUUGCUCUGAUCCUGUUCCUAGCACAGUACACGUCGGCGUGUCUUGGGUUCAUGGCCACUUCAUUGUUCCGUUCGUUUGCGGGUGCCUCGCUCAUGGCCAACUUGCUCAUGACCUUUUGGGCCAUCACCACUGGUUUCAUUAUUAAUCCCGCCACCUUUGUAUUCUAUAUGCGUUGGAUUGCCUACACGUCGCUCUACCAGUACAGCUACGGUGCCUUGGCGUCCAACGAGUUCCGAGACAACCACUAUCCCUGUCCAUUCCCCGCCGGAGACAUCCAAUGCCAACUAUUCGACGGAGACGACAUCCUUGCACGUCUCCAACUUAAAACCGAUAACAUGAUUGUCAAUAUCAUCGUCCUUGUAGGAAUUGCCUCUUGUUUUAAUUUAAUCUCUCUAAUUGCUUUGAAAUUUGUUGUACAUAAACCCAAAUAA